GACAACAGCGCGCGUCCCAACAAAGCCAAAGAACGAUUCGCAUGAUCAUGAUUCCGAUGAAGAACGGUUCGUUACGGUUCUGAUCAGAGUUAACGGAUGAUCCUGCAGGCCUCGGCGGGACUGUGCGUGGGUGACUGACCAGCCGGAGCUGAUUGUGUGGUCAGUCGGUGCAGAUGUCUCUGGCUCAGCGGGUUCUGCUCACCUGGAUCUUCACGCUCCUCUUCCUCGUCCUGCUGGUGCUGAAGCUGGAUGGAAAGGUCAAAUGGAGCUGGUUCCUGAUCUUUCUGCCCGUCUGGAUCUUUGACAGCAUCCUGCUGCUGAUGCUGGGCGUGAAGGUGGCAGGCCGCUGCCGGGCCGGGUUCGACCCGCGGCUGAAGGUCUGGUAUCUGCUGGCUCUGAUGAUGAAGGUGGGCUUCUGUGUGACUCUGUGCGCGCGGCUGGAGCAGCUGACCAACCUGCGUCUGCUGAUCAUCUGUGUGCCGCUCUGGACGCUGCUGACCGGAGCCCUGAUCCAGCUGGGAUACAACAUCCUGCCCCAGAGCACAGACUGACACACACACACAC